CACACACACACACACACACACACACACACACACACACCUCCCCCUGCUGACUCUGGUAAUCCUCUCUCUCCGUGUCUGCAGUCAUCAUGGCGGAAAUCAAGACGGGAAUCUUCGCUAAAAACGUCCAGAAGCGUCUGAACCGAGCGCAGGAGAAGGUUUUGCAGAAACUUGGAAAAGCAGACGAGACCAAAGAUGAACAGUUUGAACAAGUCGUCAUCAACUUCAGAAGACAAGAGUCUGAAGGUUCUCGGCUGCAGAGAGAGAUGAAGGCCUACAUGUCUGCGAUCAAAGCGAUGCAGCAGGCCUCCAUCAACCUGACCCAGUCUCUGCAUGAGGUCUACGAACCGGACUGGCAUGGAAAGGAUGAUGUCAUGGUCAUCGGGAAGGACUGUGAUGCACUGUGGGAAGACUUCCAUAACAAACUUGUUGACUCAACGCUGUUGAACCUGGACGCAUACCUGCAGCAGUUCCCAGACCUAAAAACUCGUGUGGCCAAAAGAAGUCGGAAACUCAUUGACUACGACAGCGCACGUCAUCACGUAGAGACUCUGCAGACGUCUGGGAUGAAGAACGACCGCAAGAUGAUGAAGGCAGAGGAAGAGUUGAAAAAGGCCCAGAGAGUGUUUGAUGAGCUGAACGUUGGUCUGCAGGACGAACUGCCAACUCUCUGGGACCGCCGGGUCGGUUUCUACAUUGGCACAUUUAAGAGUGUGACGAGUCUGGAGGCAAAGUUUCACCGUGAGAUCUCACUGGUGUGCAGACAGCUAUAUGAAGUGAUGACCCAACUGGCAGAGCAGCACUCUGAUAAAAUGUUCACCAUUCAAGGAGCUCCCAGUGAUUCAGGACCAUUGCGUCUCGCAAGGACACCUUCACCACCCGAAGAUGAAAGUCCACCAGAGAGUCCGGAUGCCAGCUCCAACCACAUGCUGCGCCCUGUCUCACCUGGACCACCACGGCCCAAAUCCCCCACACAGCUUAAAAAGGGUCCACCAGUGCCUCCACCACCGAAGGUCACACCCACCAAGGAGGUGGCAGAGGAGCAGAUUAUCGAUCUGUUUGGUGGAGAAUUCUUACCAGCGCCUUCACCCUCACAGCCCAAUGAAAGACCUGGAGAGUCGCUUCUUGAUCUAGACUUUGAUGCUUUCCAGCCAGAUGAAAGUGUUUCGCCAAUACCACAGACAGCUGUACCUUGGGAUAUGUGGUCGGCCAAUGCCCAAGCAGCUCAGCCUCAGGCUACAGAUUCUGGUUUCGUCCCUGACUGGUCAGCUGACUUUGGUUCUGUGUCAGCAAACGGAGAUGCUGGUUCUGGAGCUGAGGCCCCAGAUGCUCCAGGGGCCACCGCUGUAGGGCCAGAAGGGGUGCAGGGCGAGACUCAGAGCUGGCCCCAGGCAGAAGGCUUGCAACCAGGUGCAGAUCCAGCUACACCCACCCAGGACUGUAAUGCCAAGGCAGCUGAAGAUGAGGUGGCCAAUUCAUUUAAUGGAUUUUCACAGGAUGCAGCUGCUCCGGCAUUUUUUGCUGAUUUUGACAAGAUGAACCAAGUUAACAGUGAACCAACGGAGUCUCCUGAAGCCUCAAAGACACCAGCUGCUAGUCCAGCAGAAGAACAACCUCCAAUUCCCUCACCGGGAGGAGAACAGGAUCAGCAGGCACCUCCAUCUGAAGAAGAACAGGUGAAGGAACAUGUAGCGCCUCCUGCUAGUGAGGUGGAGGAACAUGUAGUGCCUCCUGCUGGUGAGGUGGAGGAACAUGUAGCGCCUCCUGCUGGUGAGGUGGAGGAACAAGAAGCACCUCCUGCUGGUGAUCAAGAAAAGAUAGAAAAAGCUUCAGACAGCCCAAAGGAGGAGAAGCCAGCUUCAACAGUUGGCUCUCCAGGCUCUGGCAAAGCAGAUCUUGGUGAAAUUCUUCUUGCUGAAGAGACUAAAGCAUCUCCAGGUGAAGCAGCAGCAGCUCUAUCGGAAAAUAUGCCAAUCCCCUCUGUUGUGAUUGAACCUGCCUCGAGUAAUGAAGGUGAUGAUGACCGUGAUGCUGACAUCAUCUCCCCAAUUGCAAUCAGUGACAAUGGUGUGACCAGUGAAAACCAGACCAUCAAACAUAUGAGUGCUGCCGGUGGAGUGUCAGGACUUCCUGAUGACUUUCUUUACAAGGUGGAGACCAUGCAUGAUUUUGAGGCUGCAAAUUCAGAUGAGCUUGAGCUAAAGAGAGGUGAUGUGGUUUUGGUGGUUCCCACUGCUUCAGUAGAGGAUCAGGAUGCUGGUUGGCUGACUGGGAUCAAAGAAAAUGACUGGUUAACGCUUGGAAGGAGCGCCCAUAAAGGACUUUUCCCAGAAAACUUUACCCAGCGUGUUUGAGUAAAAGUCUGUGGAGUGGUGAACAUUUUGCAGAAAUCUAAUAUAUCUGUGUCUGAGUCCUUUUCUUCAGCAUGUAUCUACAUAUCUGUCAUGAAAAAAAACAAAAAACAACAAAAAACAUAUAACCUGCUGCAAUGGUCUCCUGGACAACUUAAGGGUUUGUCUUGAAGAUUAAAAUCUGCUAUAGUUUAUGGUAAUAAACACUAGUAUUAUUCCCAGAAUUAUGUUUUCUAUGCAUGAGAUGAUAGUAUGUCGUACCAUCCUCUGGAAAUGAGAUGUUUUUGUUAAAAAAAAAAAAAAAAUGUGAUGUGGCUUAUUGAGAACAUAGAAAUCUGUCUAUUCACACCAAUAAAGUGUGCGAAUUGUUAUAAAUACAGCAACCUUGUAACAAAAGACAAAGAGAAAUAUAAACUACUUGGCACCAAGUGUGUUGUAUUAAUAUUGUUCUGCUGUGGAUUCUGCCAGACAUUGUAGUGGUGUGAUUUAUUUAAAUGAUCCUGCGUGUAAAAUGAAACUCGUGAGAUAGUUGUAUUUUCCGGACAUGCUGUUACUGUUAAUCUCGAUUCACUUGUUUCUGUGUUAUCAUUCUGGAGUGUGUGUGCGUGGUCUUUUCUUUGGUUUAUGUGGUGAAGAAUCAUGUCAGCGAUGAGUGUUGCUGUUUUCUGCCAAGAAAAUACAGAUUUAAUGCCUGAGCAUUAGCAAACACAGUAGUUCACAACCAGCAUGAGAUUCAGUAAUUCAGAAAGAAGUAUUCAAUCCCAGAUGAAAAAUAAAGAAUAACUCUACGGA